AUGGAUUUUGUAAAUUAUGCUCAGCUGAAACAUCCAAAAUUUUUUGGAUUUGGCUUCAAUCCAGAACUUCUUGCAUAUAAUACUCACCUUUUUGAGUUCUUCAAACUAUUUUUUCGUUCUUAUGGAGUGUAUAUGAGUUUUGAAAGUAGUUUUUUCUCUCCAACCGAACAGUUUGGAAUCUUCGGACCCUGUACUUCUGCCACGUGGAGUGAUUGGAGUGCAUGGAGCACUUGCCCAGUCACAACUGUCAUUGAUCCAACAAUAGUUGCCAGAAGAACACGAAAAUGCAAUAAUAGCCCAUUAUUCUGCAGUGGAGCAUUGCCUUGCGAAGGAGAAGCAGCAGAGACUCUAGUUUGCGGAACAACUACUACAAAAGAAAGAUAUUCAACUAUUGUGUUUGGAACAACGGCAUUCGACGAGACGACGACAGUUGGAGAUGUGACGACAACAGAAUUAACAACGACGGAAGCGACGACGGCUGCGGCAACCACGACAGCAGACAUCACCACCACCACAGCGGCAUCUGAAACAACGAAAGACUCUGUGACGACGACUGAAGCAUCUGCGACAACUCUAGCUUCAACAACGAAAGGAUCAGAUACAGAAACGACAACAGAGGGAACGGCGACUGACGCUACGACAGCUGCAGGAUCAGCUACAAGAGAUCAGGAAACUACAUUAGACUUCACAUUCCCCUCGAAUGCUCCAGGUGUGGAUACUACACUACCAGUCGAAGAAUCCACAGCGCCAUACGAUGAAUGCGCUGAACCGGUUACUACAGUUUCUACAAUGGCGCCAGGAACCAUGGGAACCUUAUUCCCAGGAGGAGGAGGCGGAGGAGAUGGUGGACUGGAUCCAUUCACAUUCCCACCUACCCCCGAUACAAUGCCAGGUGUAACAAGAUCUCCGUCGUGUAAAACAACUCCAGUUCUCACCACAACAAUCGCAUUCAAAACAUGCACUAUGAUUGCUGUGUCAACAACAACUCCAAUGAUCAGUUCGACCACUUCGGCAAUUGAUUCCACGACAACGUCUUCUGGAAUUUCAACUACUCUGGAAUCGCUUAGCACCACAUCAGCAAGUGAGACCUCGGCUGCUCCAAAGACGUCUACGGAAUCAGAUACAUCAGAUGCUGCAUCAACAACUUCAGCAGCUGGAUCUUCGACAGAAUCCGAUACAACACCAGGUGGAUCAUCCGAAUCCCCAACAUCAGGCUCACAAGUUCCCACCACUGAAGGAUCUGUCUCUUCAUCUGAAUCAGCAACUUCGGAAUCUGCUUCAUCACCACUCGCCGAGUCCACAACGGAAUCAAGUUCUUCUUCUGAAGGUUCCUCGGAGAGCCCAUCUGCCACAACAUUUGAUAGUGCAUCUUCCGAAUCUGUAACAUCUGAUUCUCCACUUUCCUCUUCUGAACCGAGUGCAUCAUCUGAAGAACCAAGUGGAUCCACAGAAGAACCUAGUGCGUCAUCUGAAGAACCAAAUCUGUCAACUGAAGAACCUAGUGCAUCAUCCGAAGAACCAAGUGCGUCAUCGGAAGAGCCAAGUGGAUCUUCAGAUUCUCCGUCUUCAGAGGAGCCAAUCGGAUCAACAGAUGCCGCGGGAAGUACAGAUGAAACAACUCCGAGCAUCAUCGAUGAGACAACAACAACAGAGUACACCUGGUCAACCUGCAAUGAUUGCUCCCAAAUCAACGUUCAAUUGUUCAAUGGAAAUCCAUAUGAAGAUGCGUCAUCUGUUCUGAACCGUUAUUCUGUGGCCGGUUGCUACUACCUACAGUUCUACUGUAGACCAAUUGAAAUCGGUGAUACCACUCCAGUCAGCACAAUUCUAUCCGGAGAUCUUAGCUAUUUAUCAGCUCCACUCGCCGCCAAUCUGGCUUGUCGUGAUAAGAAAUGGGUUCUUCUCGAUUCUACCAACGCACUCGCUUCAUCAGUUUCUUCGUUGGGAUGCGUCUAUGCCAUCGCUACCACGACGAAACCAAAAACAACGACAUUCCCUGGAAUCGAUCCCAAUAAUCCCUGCAUGAACUGUUCGAAUCUGGUGGUCAGUCAAUCGAUAUAUCCAGAAGGCGUGACUUAUCUCGAUCAUACUCUCAACUCGUGUCUAUCAGUAGAAGCUCAUUGCCUACCAAUCAACGGAGGAACCGAAGUGGAAUUGAUGUAUAACAACAAGGGAAUCCUGGAUAGUGGAUCUGCAGUCAAUCGAACUUUCACAUGCACCAAGAACUCAAAAUGGCUAGAUGUUUCCACCAACAACAUCAUCAACAACAUCUCGUGCAUAAUGCCUAAAACAGUUACCACCACUCCAAUCGUUGCGUCCACUCUUAGCGAGAUUCCAUCGACCGAUGGCGGGUCACCGACUAAAGACUCUUCUAUCAAACCGGUCACUGAACCAAAGACCACACCGGAUGCGGAACCACCAGAAGAAGUCACAACUCCAGGCGCAUUCAUCAGUACAACUCAAUUGGAACUCACGACUGUCGAGGAUCUUCCAUCAACAGUUCCAGCUGCUCCACCGACUCCUGGAUCCACUCAAAAUGAAGAAGAGGAAUCAACCACCACGCUUCCAGCAACAUGCAAUAACUGUGUUGCUCUCGAACCGCUAUCAAGACUUGGUCCUGGAAAAUACAACGGAAUGCUGGUUCUCUGGCACUAUCGUCAAAACGGAUGCAACCGAGUUUCGAUUUCUUGUCAAGCCACAAUGAGUGAAUCUGAUGUUGCCUAUUUGUAUUAUAAUCCGAACGGAGAAGUGAUGACUGGAACAGGAGAGCUGGCUAUGGAUUUGGUAUGUACGAACGGAAAUUAUGUGUAUCAAGGGAAAACAAUUUCAACAGUCAGUUGUCUGGCAUCAACCUCUGCUGUGGUUCCAAUCACGACUCUCCCUCCAAUAACCACACCUGCUCCUGGAGAUGAUUGCAGUGGAUGUAAUCGCCUCCCAGUUGAAAUUCUCAGUGUUUCAUCUGGAUACACCAAUGGCCUUCUGAAAGCAACAACUUCCUAUUCGAACUGCAUGUCUGUGUAUCUUACUUGCUAUGGAGUUUUGAGUACCGAUCAGGCUUACUUGGUCUAUGCUGAUUCUCCACUUUCCACUUCCAAAGCUAACACAAAUUUGACAUUAACAUGUAAUACAGCUGGAAUGUGGGUUACACAAGCGCUCCAGACUGUUGAAAGCAUAUCCUGCGGAUACGUUCCAGAAGUCGUGACUACAACUGCUCUCCCAUCUUCUUGUGGGAUCUGUGCUAACAUGGAAUCAGCCGAAGCUCUUCUUCAAACGGACAGCUACGAUGGAAUGAUUGUUCUGUACAACUAUGUGGAUGCUGUGUCAAAAUGCAAGAAAGUGGACAUCUCGUGCCAAGGAACAACUAGCACCGAAAUCGCUGAUCUAAUUUUCAAUCCCAUCGGGACAGUGAGUACUGGUCCAGGAGUUCAUGAGAUCAGUUUGAACUGUUCUUCUGAUGGAAAAUGGAAAUAUAUGGGUUCUGAGAUCAAAACUGUCAGCUGUAUCAUAUCGGGUGAAAUCCCUGGAACUCCGCCGACGACAGUGCUAGUACCAUCAACAACGCCGAAUCCUGCAAUUCCGAUGUGUGCCCAAUGUUCUCGUCUCACCGCAGGAGCAGUAUCCUCAAUCGACAAUUCUCUAAUGAACGGAAUCACCGCAAUGACAUUCUCAACAGAAAAUUCUUGUUCAACAGUUCAAGUUGUCUGUUCUGGAGUCACUUCCACUGAACGAGUCACUCUUCUCGCUGCAACAACUUCAUUGAUCAGUGGUGUUGGAUCUGUCAGUUUCAGCUUUAAAUGCAAUUCUGCUGCUGAAUGGAUGACUUCAGCUGGAACAAUUGUGGAUAGUGUAGCUUGUGGAAGAUACAAUUUGACAACAUCUCCCACUCCCACUACCACGACCACGACAACGAGAACAACGACAACAGUUCCACGUACUACCGUCACCACUGUCACUCAAUGUUCUAAGUGUGCCAACAUGCUCGCCAAAGCAGUCAACCCAACGGAUGGAUCGUAUGAUGGAAUGAUCAUCCUGAACCACUUCACGAGCACCAAUGGAUGUAGAGCAGUCGAUGUUUCCUGUGGACCCACCCUGAACACUGAGAACGCCACAAUCAUCUUUGGAUCCACCGUAGUCGCCACUGGAGCAGCAACACACUCAUUCUCUCUCACUUGUGAUUCCAACGCCAAUUGGAUCUACGAAUCAACAUCUGUUUCCACUGUCAGUUGUCUCAUUUCAACAGCCACAAAUGGAGUCACUGUCGCCCCAACUACCGCAGGAACAACAGUCAAAGAUGACACAGCUAAUGCAUGCAGUCAGUGUGGAAGAGCCCCAAUUGUAUCAGUGGGAUCAGGAUCAACGUAUCUCAAUGGAUUCACUACCGUCGUUCAGUCCACUGAUUCGCAAGGAUGUUCCAUUCUGUAUAUCAAGUGUCAAGGAAUGACAACCGGUGAUGCAGUUGCUCUUCUCUCGUCCGGAUUACCGUACUCCAGUGGAUUUGGAACAGCCAGUGCCAACCUGACAUGCAACUCCCAAUCUCAAUGGGUUGGAAGAACUUCAUCGGUCAUCUCAUCAUUUGCAUGUGGUCACAAGAAUGCAGCCACAACAAGAUCUGUGGUUACCACUCUUGCUCCAUCUGGAUUGUGCACUUCGUGUGAAAACAUGGUCGCGGUUUCGAUGGCUGGAAGUCAAUCAAACAGCUAUGACGGGAUGGUGAUUAUGGAUCAUUUCAUCAGUCCAUUCAUAGGAUGCCGAAUGGUUACUGUCACUUGUGCUCCAACGGUUGCAACUGAAAAUGCAACACUCUACUUUAAUUCAAACACUAUGGCCAGCGGAAUGGCAAGCCAUGAAUUCGAUCUAACAUGUGAUGCAUCCGGUGUUUGGACAUACGAUUCCACAACUAUCAACACUGUUGGAUGCUUGAUUUCCACUGGAACUGGAGUUGCAACAACUGUAACAACUAUGGCACCUGUCACCAACCCAUCCAAUAACUUGUGCUCUCAAUGUCCUCGUCUCCCAAUUCAAACGGUUUCAAGCACUAGUGGAUUCCAGAACGGAUUCACCACUUUGACAACAACCCUCAACACCUUUGGUUGCAGUGUAGUUACGAUGAUGUGUCAAGGAGUUACGUCUGAUGAGCCAAUUGCUAUUGUUGUCAACGGACACUUCGCUGACUACGCAUUUGGAAUAGUUAACUACACUGACUUUGCUUGCAAUUCGCAAGGACAAUGGACCAGUACAAGUUUCGGAGUCGUCUUCUCCGUCGUCUGUCAAAGAAGCGUUACAACUGUUGCUACUACUGUGACGACUACAACUGCAAGAACAACUACAACAACAUCCAACGCUAUGUGCAACUCAUGUGCAGAUUUCCGUCCAAGAGCAAUGGGAUCAGGAGCAAACUACGACGGAAUGGUUGUUAUCAAUCACUACAAAGACAGAGGAACAUCAUGUCGAAAGGCCACAAUUGACUGCAUGACAACAAUGGACUACGAGACAGCUUCACUCUACUUGGACAACCAACAAAUCAGUUCAUCUGGUCAAGUUGAGUUGGAUAUGCAGUGUUCUUCGAAUGGUGUUUGGAUGUACAAUGGUCAACAAUACUCGACAACGUCUUGCUUGGUUUCCAAUACAACAACAUCUGCUGGAAAGAAGAGGAAGAAGAGACAAGCUGGAACAGGUCUGACUGCUUGCCAAUCUUGCAGUGCUCUUCCAAUGACAUCUUUGUACGCUUUCUAUCCCUACAUGAACGGAUUCUCGACUAUCUCGAUUGAUGAUUCCUCGUCUUGUAUGACUGCCGUAGCAACUUGUGAAGGAGUCACCACCAGCGACUCAGUUGCUUGGAUUGCUUCCGGAACUAUCCUCUCAAGUGGAACUCAUAUGGUCAACAUGACAUUCACUUGCAAUUCUCUGAGCACUUGGCAGACAUCUACUGGAAGUGUCUUCUCGUCUUUGUCAUGUGGAAGACAGUAUGCAACGACUACUGUAGCAACUACCACUGUUUCAUCUCAAGCUCUGAACUGUCCAAAUCUUAUUGCUGCUCCAUUGAGUGCUGCUGAAUUGGGCGCUAACGAAUCCAAUGGACAAUUGAUUUUGGAUCAUUUCAUCGACACAACAGUAAUGGCUCGAGAAGUAACAAUCACUUGCUAUGGAAGCUCGUCAACAGACAACACUACGAUUUCAUUCAAUGGAGGAUCAAGAACAAUGAGUGGAACUGGACAGAUUGAAAUGACAAUGACAUGCAGUUCGAGUGGACAAUGGAUAAGAAAUGGAAUUGCAGUUCAAAAAGUUGCUUGUAUUGUUGUAACUCCGCCAGGAUCUACCGUUCCUAUCACAACAACAAUUCAAACGACACCAACCACUUCUGCUGGUUCCCUACCAAGUACCAACUGUGCCAGAAAUGUGAUGCUGACGAUUCCGAAUGGAUACAAUGCUGGUUAUCUGUCAAUGAACACUAUCUCCACGGAAACAUCUCUCCAAGUUGUCAUGAGUUGUGCUGCCCCAACUGGUAUAUCGGAAUCAAUGCUUCUCAGUUCAACUGGUGCAAUUUCGACAAGUGGAAGUCCUAACACUAACAUGACAAUGUCUUGUAAUUCUGCCUCUCAAUGGGUUGUCUCUUCUACAUCUGGAACUGGAAUUCCCGUCGGAACAAUAAUUACCAGUCUUGCUUGUGUUGUUGCCGUAUCUCCAUCCACAACUCUCGUUCCAGCAACUGUUGCAGCUGGAUGCCAACUGUGUCCUAAUCUUCCAGCUAUUGGACUUCUACCAGCACAACUCGAUGUCAACGAACGAAACGGACAAUUCAUCCUGGAUCACGUCACCACUGCAACUGCCUGCCGAGUCGUCUAUCUUUCUUGUGCGGGAAGUACUGCUUCUGAAAACUCCACGAUUCUAUUCAACGGUGGAUCUCAGACAAUGAGCAAUCAAGGAAUAACAUCAACGGUGCUCACUUGCACAAGUUCGUCUACUUGGGACUGGUACGGUAGCCCAGUUGGAUAUGCAUCCUGUAAAGUUGCCGAUAGAGCUCUCACAACAACAACUGCACCGAUUUCUCUCACCACAUCCGCGUAUAUUGUACCAGGAGACACUGGAUUGGCUUGCAGUAGAUCAGAUCUUGUUAAUCCACUCAUCGAAGGAGAUGCAGGAGCAUAUUUGGUUUUGGAUACAAAGAUCGUCAAUGGUGGCUUGUCAACCACACUGUCUUGCGCAGCUCCAGAUAAUACCGCAACUGCUGUGCUAACAAACGGAGAUGGAAGUGUACUUGGUCAAUCCAGCAAUGGAUUGAUAAACAUGACACUCACAUGCAAUUCUAACUCUCAAUGGGUGAUAUCAGCAAUCAGCUCAUCAACAACUGGAACUUCAGCACCGGUGGGAACUGUAGUUGAUGAUUUGAAGUGUGGAGAAGUUGCUGCCCCGACGACUACAACAACCCUCGCAACGACUACAACACCAAGUGGACAAUGCCAAUCAUGUCCAAAUAUGCAAGCAAUUGCCCUAACGUCAUCUCAAUUGGUUGUCAAUGGAGCAACGAAUGGACAACUACUUCUCAGUCACUCUGUUGAUCAAUCCAGUAAAUGCAGAAUUGUUGUUAUCAAAUGUAGAGGAGAAAAUACUAAUCAAAAUGCCACCAUAUUCUUCAAUGCAAAUGGUCAAUCUCUAUCGGCGCAAUAUGGUCAAGUGUCCACCUCAAUGGCUUGUUCUCCUUCCAAUGUCUGGCAGAGGAAUGGAGUUCAAAUUGAUGGUGUUGCCUGCAUGAUAACUUCUGUAGUUGGUGCCACGUCUACAUCUCCUGCUCCAAUUACAACCAUCGCUCCAACAUCUACAAGUCAAAGUUCAAAUGGACCAUCUACAAGCUGUAACACAGGAUUCUUCACAGCUAUCUCUGCUCCUGGAUACACAAGUGGAUUCAUGACAGUCGACACUCAAACAUCUGGAAAUGUGAUGACUGCUGAUGUCACUUGUGCCUCUCCAGUUUCCACUCAAACUGCGGCUCUUCUAGACCAAAGCAACAAUCAAGUGUCCUCAGGUGUCGGAUCCACAUUUAUGAUACUCACAUGUAAUGCGAAUUCUCAAUGGGUAACUCCAACUGGAACACCUGUCACUACAUUGAGCUGUGGAACGAUUGCUCCAGCUACAACUACAACCAUUGCAACUACACUGGCAACAGUCGCAGCUACUACACCAACUACAGUACCAGCUGCCACCGAUUGUUCUGCUGCUGCCUGGAACACCUGGCAAGAAUGGUCUGCUUGCACAGACACUUGCGGCUCGUGUGGAACACAACAGCGGUUCAGAAGUUGUAAUAAACCAUUAGACACGUGUACAUGUACUGGAACAGCAUACGAAAAGGUGUACUGUAACUUGGCAGUGUGUAAAUUCCCAAAGGAUUCAUGCUGCGAUGGCUUCAUACCUAAAUCGUCGGGCGGCACAUUCGUCUGUCUCUGUAUUUCUCUGGGUUGUCUUGGAGGAUUUGGGGGUUGUGGUUCAGCUUGCUUAUUCGGAUUAUGUCUUCAGCCGCCUAUAAUUCAGUCAAUCGGUUGUCCAUGUGGUGCUGGCUUCAUGUGUAUGCGUGGAGGAUGUGUGGCACGAGCAGCGGCUGCUGGAACGAAGACAUUCCGUGAUGAAUCUUCUAGACCACCUGACUUGAGAGAGACUACGACUCCCGAUGACCACUUUUCUACUUGUUGUUCCCUCCUAGAAGUUCCUAGUUCUUGUACAGAUCUUUGCUCUUAUGCCACGUAUUCAUCUGAAGAAGUGAGCGCAGUGCUCCUGCAACAGUCGGCAUGCCCCGUUUCUUCGAUUCGAAAGAACACUUUUGUGCAGCAAGGGGAACGAAUCACACUGAAUGCUGUUCGAAUUCUCUGGUUCCACAGCAUUGUCAUUCUUUUUGUGAUCAAAGUCACGACAAGAAUGUCGAUGAUCUAUCAAUCGCCCACUUGCAGUGCGUGCAGCAUUUUAAUGACAUUAAAUCAUGCUUUGUGGAGCAUGCCAAUUCAGAAUACUUCGAAGCGUCCAAUCAAGAUCCCGAACUAA